AUGGAGCUCAAAACAACGUCCUGUGUGCUGCUGCUCAUCUGCGUCACCAUCAUCAUCCUCACCAGCACUGAAGUGGAUGCCAUUCCCAGUUGUUGUCUGAGAGUUUCAAAGUACAUCCGUCGGGAAGACCUCCAUUCGGUCUCCAAAUAUGAGAUCCAGCAUAAAUCUGGUGUCUGUGAAAUCGAUGCAGUGGUAUUACACAUCAGAAAGAAACUGAUCUGUGCUGAUCUCAGAGUCUUGCCGCGCUUGAAGAGACUCAAGAAGAAUCACAAACCCAAACGGGCUUAAGCGAAGAAUAAACAUCAUCAUCUGUCUUAUAAUGCAUGAAUCUA